AUAAAUACUUAGUUACUGUAAAUAUUAUAGUUUUUAUGCUGUGUAUUGUUAGUCCUGUUAAAUUUAUUUAUGUUGACCGGUUACAAAUUAAAAAAGUAAUUUUAUGUGACAUAAAAUAUCUUUAUUAUAAACAGUGUCAUAAUGAAGAAUCAUAUAUAAAGAAGAAACCAAAAAUAAAAAUUCAAAGAAUCAAAAUGGGCGAUACAAUACUAAAGAAUAUUGAAACAGAAAAUGAAAAUAGCGAAAUACCUUCUAUCAGUCCUAAUGUACAUGAACAGACCUUAAAUAAUUUUGCACACGAAUGGAGUUCUUGUGAUAUAUUUGAAUCUUAUGAAAAAUUUGAAAGACCAACAUCUGUUGACAAUAAUGAUUUAGGAGUAAGAAGUGAUAAGAACAAUGUAUUAAAUUCUUCCUGCAAGAUUAAUGAAGAAAAUAAUAUGUGGCAAGAUGAAUCAUUUUUGAAUGCAGCAUUUACACAGUCGAUUCCUUUUAAUGAAAAAAAUGAUGUCGUGGAUUGUCUUACUCAGGUUUCCACUUCACAAUAUGAAAAUCACUUUGAAGAAACAUUUUUUACUACCGAUGUACAUUAUAUGUGUGCAUCUCCCAAUGAACAGAAAGAUACAAAUGUAUUAAAGAGAAAUGUUUUUGACUAUAAAAGUGGUAUUCCAAACAAAAUACACUGUUCAGAGAAGAAGGAAAUAAAGAAACAAUAUUCAGAUACUCUUAAUACAAGUUCGAAAGAAAAUUGUACAUUUUAUGGUUUGCCAAAUUCUGUGAAAGAUCUUUUUCUACGAAUUAGAGGUAUCAAUAAACUCUAUGAAUGGCAGAAUGAAUGUUUAACUUUAGAUGCUAUAAAAAGUAGGAAAAAUUUAAUUUAUGCUUUGCCAACAAGUGGUGGUAAAACAUUGGUCGCAGAAAUAUUAAUGUUAAAAGAACUCAUAUGUAAUAAAAAAAAUACAAUAUUUAUACUACCAUUUGUCGCUAUAGUACAAGAAAAAGUUCAAGCAAUGACACCAUUUGCAUUAGAACUAAAUUUUUUAGUUGAAGAAUAUGCAGGAGUAAGAGGAACUUACCCACCGAAAAAACGUCGUAAAAAAAAUAGUAUAUAUAUGUGUACUAUAGAGAAGGCACUAAGUUUAAUUCACAGUUUAAUUGAAGAAAAUCGUUUCAACGAAAUUGGUGUCAUAGUCGUGGAUGAAUUGCAUCUACUUGGAGAAGGUGGUGGAAGAGGAGCUACAUUAGAAGUUCUCUUAACAAAGACAUUAUAUGUUAAUGAGAACAUUCAAAUUAUUGGAAUGAGUGCAACAAUAGGCAACUUGGAGGAGAUAGCAAAAUUCUUGAAUGCAGAUUUGUAUACUGGAAAUUUUAGACCCGUUGAAAUUAAAGAGUAUGUUAAGUGUGAAGAUAACAUUUGGCUGGUUGAUUUAAAAACAGAAGAUCUUUUAACGGAUUUGAAAAAAAUUAAUUAUCGUUAUUCAAAUGAUGCAAUAAUUAUAGACCCGGAUAGAAUUGGAGGUUUAGUCAUGGAUGUAAUUCCACAAGACUCGUGUCUCAUAUUCUGUUCUUCUCGUAAGAAUUGCGAAAAUGUUGCUUUAUUGUUAUCUAGAGUUUUAUUCAGGUCGUUGGAAAAACAUAAACAAGAUGAAAAAGAAAAUUUAUUGAAAGCACUUCAAACCGAGGAAGGUCUUUGUCCUAUUCUUCAACGGACCAUAAAAUUUGGUGUAGCUUAUCAUCAUUCUGGUCUUACUACUGAGGAAAGACGAUUUUUAGAAGAUGCUUUUAGAGCUGGAACUCUUUGUGUUCUAUGUUGUACGACAACAUUAGCAGCUGGAGUAAAUUUACCAGCAAGAAGGGUGAUAUUAAGAAGUCCAUACGUGGGUAACCAAUUUUUGAAUUUAAGCAGAUAUAAACAAAUGAUUGGAAGAGCUGGUCGUGCUGGCAUGGGAAGCAUUGGAGAAAGUAUACUUUUAUGUAAAAAUAAUGAAUUAUCGAAAGUGAAAGAACUCUUAAUGUCGAAAAUGGAUGAUUCUUUAAGUACAUUACACAUAGACAGAGAUAGAGGCAUAAAUAAUUUAAUUUUAAGUGCCACAUUGUAUUCUAUAGCAAAUACUAGAUCUGAGUUACACAAAAUAACAAAUAGAACUUUACUUAAUAUUCAGCAGAAACGUUUAAAUGUUAAUGUAAAACAUACUGCAGACCAAGCAAUAACUGAAUUUUUAAAAAGUGGUGUAAUGAAAGUAAAGAAGAAAGGAAACUGCUAUGAUGUGUACAAACCAAAUGUGACUGUUACAAUUCCAUCACAAAACGAAUGUCCUACUGAUACAACUACACAAAUAAAAAGAAAAACAACAAUUGCAUUGCUGAGUGAAACUAAAUUAGAACUUUGUAGCCUGGGGCGAGCAGCUUUGAAAGGUAAUAUUGAUAUACAGUCUGCAUACACAUUAUAUCAAGAUUUACAAAAAGCACAAGAACACUUAAUCCUUGUUGACGACUUACAUCUUUUAUAUCUUGUUACUCCAUAUGAUAUUGUAUCUCAAAUAAAACCUAUUGGAUCUGUUUAUUGUGAUGUGGUUACUAAUUUAUCAGAAAAUCAGAUGAAAACAGCAAGACUUCUUGGAAUUAAUGAGGCAACAGUUGUUAAAAUACGUGAUGGUAUAAUGCCCAAGAAUGUAGAACUAAGAGUAAUUCAGAGAUUUUAUGUAACAUUAAUAUUGUAUGACUUAUGGACACAUCAUGCUGUUUACAUAUUAGCAGAGAAAUAUCAAGUAAAUAGAGGUAUUAUACAAAAUCUUUUGACUGCAGUCUCUUCAUUUGCGUCUUCUGUAGUUCGAUUUUGUCAGGAAUUAGAUGAAUUUUGGUCAUUCAGAGAUUUGUUAAGUGCGUUUAGUAAACGGUUAUCUUAUUGCUGUCCUUUGGAAUUGGAAGCAUUAAUGGAGUUGCCGCUAGUGAAAAUUGGAAGGGCACGUCAACUAUAUAAUGCAGGGUAUAAGACAAUACAAUGCAUAGCCAAAGUGAAACCAAAAUAUUUACAAGAAAAAAUUCCAUAUUUAAGCAAAAAGGCGGCAAUUCAAAUAGUUGAAGCUGCUAAAUUAUUAAUAUUAAAAAAAGUGGAAGAUCUAGAAGAUGAAGUAGAAUAUGUUCGAGAGGGUAUAGAUCUGUAUACUUUAAAAGUACAUUAAAUUGUUAAAUAUUUAAUUCUAUUACAGUAUGAAGCAAGAAUUUAUAUGAAUAUUAAACUAAGAGAUUAUAAGAAAUUAAGUACGUACAUGUAAAUAUAUUGUUAUAAACUUAUGUAAAUCUGGGUGAAUAAUCUACAUGCUUUAUUUUGUUUUAUUCAGAUGGUUGUAAUAUUUCAUAUAGGACAUCCUUUUAAUAUCUGCUCUUUCGUAUAUUUUAUGGCGUAUACUGUAAAUGUAUAAUAUUAUAGUUUAAGCAGACACACAUUAAACAUUUAAAGUGUAUUUGAUAUUGCUUUAAAAUAUAGUGAUAUCAAACCAUUGUGGUACAAAUUCCAUAUUAAUGACAUAAUUACAAUUACUUUAUAAAAUGUAACAAA